AUUAGGUUUGGUGAACUUGAAGUACAUUUGCCCUGAAAUGGGUUGAAAUAAAUAAAUUGUCUUCAACAGCAGUCUCCCUUGAAGGGAAUGCCGGGUAUGCUAGGCUAUUUAGCUAAUAGACUCAAGAAGACAUAGGACUUGUGACUUCAGUGUAGUUUGUGGAAUCUGUGCAAUGUGGAAGUAGGCUACUGUGCCAUGUGAAAACAUGGAAAUGAAAAAGUAUCUUUCAUGGCCAUCACGGGAGCCUGCACCCCUGCUCGUGACCACACAGAGAGAUGAGUAAUGUGGUUGUUAUGGGGAUUAAUGGGUGAGGGGAGUGAUGACGGCUGGACCUGGAGGAGUGGAGAGGGCAGAAAGGUGUUUGCGGUGGCUGGAGGAUAGACAGACAUUAGUGGCUUUGACAGAAGAACUCUGGAGACGUGGAAGACUCCUCAGGGCCUGCUGACUUAGGGUCCAAACACAAUGAGCAUUGCAGGGGUAUAUAAGGUCCACCACAAUGUCCUCCACCACUGAAGUUAGCCUGUGCUGCUGGAGCAGACAAAGUUGCUGUACUAUCGAUACCCACGUAGAACACAAGCCGAGCGCAGCCGGGUACAAGGCUCUGAGCAACCAGCACUCCCGUUAACAACACCAGUACUAGCACUCUCCUCAGACACCUGAAGAAAAUGGAGACGGGAUCAUGGCUGACUCUGCUUGGGCUCGUCCUGGCUUUGGCUGCGGUGGGGCACUCUAUCCAGGAGGAAGGAGCUGGCCAGCACCAGCCCACGGACUCAGAGGAGAAUCUGGUGGAGAGGCUGGACAGAUUGGACAUUGAGGAUCCGCUGAGUCGUGCCAUUGAGCAACGCCUCUUGUACCCAAUCCUUCGCUCCCUUUCCCAGGGCUCCCAGAGAUAUGGACGCAACCCCUCUGUACUUCACCAGCCACAGAGGUUUGGGCGUGGCACUGGAGGAGACGAGGAGCCAGAGAGGAUACAAUCCCGCGACUGGGAGACCGCCCCUGGUCAAAUCUGGAGCAUGGCUGUGCCACAGAGAUUCGGCCGAAAGUAGAGCAGGAGACCCACGCGACCGACGCUGCCUGAAAGACGGAGAGAGAAGGACCAAUUAGGAUCAGCUGAAUUCCAGGACUGGCAGACAGACAUGAAUUAAUAACAUAUGCACCCGUUAUAUUUUUAAAGAAAGGCUUACGCACAUCUCACCACCCCACCCUCUCUCUCUCUCUCUCUCUCACUCCCAACCUAUUGGGCUUGGCACAGAAAACCUUAACCUGCAUCAUGCCAUUCGUAUUGUAGCCAAUCACAAACCUCCACCGCAGUUUUCAGGCUCUCACUCAGCCAGUGGAAAGAAGUUGGCAUAGUUUGGAGUGUGUGUGUGUGUGUGUGUGUGUGUGUGUGUGUGUGUGUGUGUGUGUGUGUGUGUGUGUGUGUGUGUAUUGGAAUGUAUGUGCAUGCCUACAUAGUGCAUCUGGUUGGUUUCCUAAAUUAACAUGCUAAAUUGAAUUUAAUGCAGAUGUACAAUACAGCAAAAUAUCAUUAGUAUGCAUUGGUAUGUAGCUUUUUCUCAUCUCAUAGGCUUAUGUUGUGAGUGCAAAUAAAUUGGCUUCUUUAAUGAAGGUAUGCCCUUGUCUUUACUUACAUUUUCUUCACUGUCAUCAUACAGCAAGUAUAUUUACCAGAAGCCAGUCAUUCUGCAGUAGUCUAACCGCACUCUCCUCUCAGCAGCCCUAUAAUAACAACCUGCUGUGCUCAAGUGGAAUAGCUCUCUGAGCAUAAAACAGGCCAUCAUAUGUCACAAACCAUGACUUCAGAGCUCCGCAAGUCACCGACAGAUGUGCUCGUUAAGGGUGGCCAUCACAGGCCAUUUUAUUUAUUUACAUGUGUGGUUGUUAUGGUGACAGGUCGGGAGCCUUGACAUGCUCACAUACAGGAGGCUCAAAUUGGCCAAAUUGGAAAAAAGUGUGUGUGCAGACAGGAAGGAAUUUUAUGAUAAUGACAUGAAAUGAGGAAAUUUAAGAGAGACAAUUAAAUAAAAAAUGUAUCAUCAGAAGGGUGAUACAAAUGAUAAGGGGUACUAAUUUACUGUAAAUGUCAAUGAGUAGACUUACAUAGACUAGAUAAAAAAUAAGAUAAACAUAUAAUCUACAGAUACAAAAACAAUCAAACAAACAAACAAACAAUCUGAUCUGUCUCCCUCUCCUUCCCUGUCUGUCACUGUCCAGCCAUCUCAGUUAAUGACUACAGAAGAAGUUAUAGCAGCCUGUCACUUUUCAGAUGGAUUUGCUGUGACGUAGCCAA